GUAUUUGGAGCUGUCUUAUCAUGUUCUCUGCGUGUGAGUGAACUGUUUUAUGGAACUGGGGAGUCUUUUCUCUUCUCUUUCCAUCCAGAGUUUCAGGUAUUCCCAUGGACUGGAGAGAAUAAUUUCUUUGUUAAAGGAAAUAAUGAAUCCCUUGUUGUUGGUGGUGGAGAUGGUAACUUUGGUCUGUGGUUAGAUGGUGACCUGUACCAAGGAAGGACACAGCCUUGUAAGACUUUCGAUAAUCCUCAGCUCACAGACACUGAAGACUUCAUUAUCAAGACAGUUGAAUGUUGGUGCUUUGAGUGAGGAAGGAAAGAGAAGUUUGAUGGGUUUUUAAUGAUGUGAAAUCACUUGCCUGGUAUUGCCUCUUGUGGCAUCUUUGCAGCAAGACUAGUGCAAGGCCAUCCCUCCGGUGUUGGCAAAGCCUUACCUUUAGGUGGGGAUUGCAUUGUGGCUCUUCACUUAGUGUCUGGAGAGGUGGAAAUCCCUGUUAAAUGUAUUUUGACCAAAGGGAAAUGAGUAAUCACAGAGUGGAAAUGUGUGAAAAAGUCCUUUAUUUCUCUUUUGUAUGUACUUUUGAGUUGCCUUCAGUAGAUUGAAGAUUCUUGCAUUUUGUUUUCCUUGCCCUUAUUUUGCUUUGGAUGGAUCCAUAUAUCAUUCCAUAUUUGUAAUUUCUUAUUGGUAUUGUACAUAUUGCUUUUAUUGUUUUAAAUAGUUUACAUCAAUUUGCCUCUAUUGUACUAUUUUUAUGUGUAUUUUUAAAUUCAGUGAGUAAGGGGAAACCUUUAAAUAUUAUGUACAUUUUUUUAUUUAUGGAGUUCUAGUAUUUUACAAUGUCGUUAUUGAGAAUCUCGUAUUAUUCAAGCAUCUUAUGGAGGAUUUUAAGGGUAACUUUUUGUUUUUUUUGUUUUUGUUUUCUUUGUUUUGUUUUGUGUAUUGCAUGGGAAAGUAUUUUCAUUUAAAAUUUUAUAUCUUUUUACAUCGAAAGGAAGCAGUGCACUAUGAAUAAAAUUGAAGGAAGCAUAAAUAUACUCAAUAGUAUUUUUGAUAGUGUUAGAAGUGGCUGCUCCUGUGAAAUUAGUUUUUUGAUGUUUAGUGAUUGAUAUGGUAGGUCCACAAACCAAACUCCCAAUUAUUGUGUUGACUUUUUACCCUCUUGAGUAUCAUGUAUGAUUACUCAUCUUACCAUUAUUGUUUGUUUAUUUUCUCUUCUGGUUAAUUCAUAUAAAAAAUACACAUUGAUAAAGAUUGGAAAUAUUCCAGUACAGAGGGUAUCCAUGAAGAUACUCUCUUUGGAAAUUUUGGGAGUUAAACUUUGAUGCUGAUUAUGAACUGUUUUUGGACCACAUACCUGUGGUGUGAUGGUGCCAGCUAAUUUAAGCCUUAGAUAGUGCUUUACAAAGGCAGGUGUUAGGAAGGUACAGCCUUCUAGAAUCCCUAUGUUGAUGGUUUAUCUUUACCAGCUGAUACAAUACAUAUGAUGCCUUGUCAUCUUGGAUUACCAACAACUUGCACUCAGUAAUCAACCAGUAAUGCAAUCAGUAAAUGUAUGUGUGCAUGGUGAUUUUGUGUGUAUAUGCAGUUAUACUCAAAUACUCCUGGAUGCAUAAGAUAAAAUUUAUGAAAUCUUGGUGGUUUUCACCUGUCAUUUUCUGCAUUCAGUGUGAUAAGAGGAGAUGUCUCCCAUUAUUGAAGAGCACAUUCAUUCAAGGACAGCAGUAAUCUAAAGUGAUUGAUGCAUUGAAAAUCUAUAAUUUUUACUGUCAAUCCUGCAGAAAUAAACCCUCAGAGAUUAUUUCAUUGUUCCUGAGUUGGAUGCUAAUGAAGCUAAUGUAAUCACCUGGUUAAUAUAUUUAUAAUCACACUGAGGGCUGUAGUUGAGAAUGUAGGGUGUUGGUGGUCCAGUAGGAGUUAGCAGACAAGAAUAUUUGGAUAACAGAUGGUGGUGUACACUUGACACUACAAUUUUUUCCCCUGAAAGCCAGGGUAGAGUAGUUCUGGACUAUGGCCCUUAUAGUCACACAUACAUGCACACACAGUUACAUUCACACCCACAUGCACUCCCACAAAUACCCCCCCCCCCCCACACACAUACAUACAUACAUACAUACAUACAUACAUACAUACAUACAUACAUACAUACAUACAUACAUACAUACAUACAUACAUACAUACAUACAUACAUACUUACACAUCCUCACUCAUACACAAACAUCCAUACAUUAAUACAUGCAGCACACAGAGCACAUGCACAUAUAAUCACUUAAUCACUCAUACAUGCAAGUGUAGUAGAUACCAGGAUCUAAACAUAGACCUCAUUCUGCUCCACAUUGAACAGCCAAGAGAGAAUGGAUUGUUUUGGACGUACUAGUCAUGACCUUCAGGAUUGGCAAGCCUUCCCUGGUGGCACUGAAUAUGUGUACUUCAGCCUAGCUCAAAGCAGUCCCAUCCUUAGUUAUGCAUUUUUUCUGUUAUUAUUGCCAUAAUUGUUAUUGUAUUUUUCUAAUACAUUUCAUAGUUCAUUAUUCAAACUUUUAAAAUGUGAAGAGAUGUUCUUUUUCUUUAACCCGUUUUGUGAAGUUGGUUAUAAAAGCCAUUAUUCAUAGUUGAAUAUGUGUGUGUACACAGGACUACUGUAUAUCUGUUGAUUUUGAUGUACUUUGUCUUUCUUGCAUAUUGGUUACUUUUUCCUUCUUGUUAUGAGUGGUUUUACUUUUGUUCUAACUUACUUGUAUUACCCAAGCAAGAUUUCUGUUACUUUUUUCUUUGCUUUUGGCCUAGACUUGCUUGUUGAGUACUUAACAUUGGUUAACAAGCUAUGAAUAUUUAGAAUUAAGGAAAGAGAUAGAGAAGUAUAUUGAAUCAGACAAAAAGAUGUUAGUUAUUGAUAUAUAAAGUCUAGAAUAAUAAAUGUUCUAUUUUGGUAGAUUCAUUGUUCCUGUGAAUAUACCGUGUAAUUAGUAUGAUGUGCUGUAAUUGUGUAAGCAGAUGAUAUUGCUGUGUGUGGCAAGACCAGCAAUUUUCAGCUAUUUAUUCUUUCAAUAAAGCUCAAAAUGUAAACUGUAUGAUUAAUUGUUGAAAAGGUAAAAGAAAGCAAAAAAAAUAUAUAUAUUA